AUGUGUAUUCUUUGGGUGGUUGCAGCUCGAUUCCAUCAACGUCUCUUGAAAAUGGCAGGGAAUUCGGGAUCAGCUAGCAUAACCUUGUUGGAUAGGUCUCCUGUUGGCUUUUCCGGUUAUCGACCUACUGAAAAUCCCAUACAACCAGGAAUCGCUUCUGGUUCCGCUGCCAGUUCUGCGUCACAGGUAGGAGCUGCUGCAGCGUCAUCUGCAUUUGGUGCCUCAUCUUAUCUUACCAGUCAUUUUGGUAAUACCUACCAACCACCACCCGAUUUUUCUAGUUAUGUUGCAAAUGCACCGUCAGCAGCUGGUUGGUAUGGUCCGCAUGAUCCACGUCUUGUUCCUCGACUAAGUUCUGGUUUUGGUCUUAAUUGUGGUAUCAAUCCGGCACAUGCAGCUAUGCAAGGCUUGCAGUUGCCUCUUACUGGUCAUUCCGGUUCAAGACGAAAACGACGUGUACUUUUUUCUCAGAAUCAAGUUUAUGAAUUAGAACGGCGGUUUCGAGCAUCAAAAUAUCUAACAGCACCAGAACGGGAAGCUUUAGCAAAUUCUAUAGGGCUUUCUGCUACGCAGGUCAAAAUUUGGUUUCAAAAUCAUCGAUAUAAAUGUAAGCGACAGGAAAAAGAGAGGAAAAUGACUGAUGGCAAUAGAGGACGUGCAGAAAGUCAAUCUCCUGGUCCUUCUAGGACACCAACGCCUAUGGACGGGACCAGUCUCGAUAACAAAAAACUGAAUGUUUCAAUUCUGGUAAAAGACGGGAAACGGUGUGAUAAUGCUCAUGGUGUUGGUACCUUUGACUCUAGUUCAGACCAUUUAUUGAAUUUGAGCGCUUUACCUGAUGGAAUGCCAGACUUGAAAAAUCAAUUUUAUCAACAAGCGAUGUGUCAGCCCAGCAAUAUGUACCAGCAGGGAGCCUUUUCAUUCCCACCAUUUGGUGCCCAACCUUAUCCAACAGCUCAAAAUCCAUACUAUCCGUAUUAUGCCAAAUAG